UGCAGCAGGAGGGGUCUCUUCCUCUUGGGCAGCGGAGCGAGUUAUUUUGGCAAGCACUUUGAGAUGUGUAGCGAGACAGAGCGAUACCUGCUUACAAUCAUUGGAGAUAAGUUUGGAAAACAAGUGCUGAAGUUUUGAAUGAGACGACUCUGGGGUUGUCCAAGUGAUACAUUUGGUUGGACAAAGGAAAGCGUAACGAGUUUCCCAAACUUUGGAGAGAGGAGCGUAAGUGGACGUUUAUCCGAAACCUGUUUUCUACCCCGAGGUUCAGACCCCGAGAGCGGCUGCAUGAAGAGUGGAUUCUGUUUUAAUUGGAUUAAAAUAUGGACUUUAAAUGAAACGCACGGGACGUGUUAGGCACCAUAGCGGAGAGAAACAUAGAAAAAUAAUCUCAAACAGUUUUGCUUCUAAGUGCUUUUAUUGUUCAGAGAGACGCGGUGAGAGGGGUUCCUCUUUUCAAGGCACGGGCGACUUCACCUGUCAUGCGGAAUACAAACUAGAGGAAUAUAACAUUGUUUCUUGUUUACGCCUGUGGUUACAGUUACUACAUUUAUUGGCGCGUGGCCGAAAUGCAAGGAAAGGGUAAAUUAAUUGUCAACUCAAGUAAUUGCAAAGCUUGGUGAAUGAUUUACAAUUGAAUGCAACCUAUUUAGAGCCUCGGUCGGCUUGGUGUUCAUAGUCCAUCUUCCCGAAAUCCUCACAAGAUUUAUUGGAUAAAACAGUGGCAAUUUAUUUCGUGGUUUUUCGGAUCUUGGCUGCUGUGUUUAUAAUCACCAUGGUUCAUUCGAAAGGUGCUCAUGCUGUUGGAAGAGAAUGCGCGUCCUGCAGUCUGGAAUGAAAUUUGUCUGUGAUUUAUAGAACAGAGGACUGUGGACAUGCUGCUGGAGCAAUUACGCUCUCCUGGGAUUUCAUAUGUCGGAGAUGCAGUCAUAAAUGAAAGGAAAGCCUGAGCUUAGAAAAUACUGAAGUCCACAACGCAAUUCCUGUCAUUUUUCUACCUAUAUUUUUUUCACGGAAAUAUCCCACUUCCCCAUGGCGACCACAGUCAAACCCCGGCUGUGUGGUGUCGUCCGCUGGCUGCUCGCGCUGCUCCUCUCCCAGCUGCCCCUGCUCGCGCACGCUGCCUCCAAGGACAUAGUGUGCGAGCCCAUCACGGUUCCCAUGUGUAAGGGCAUUGGGUACAACCUCACCUACAUGCCCAACCAGUUCAACCACGACACCCAGGAGGAGGUGGGGCUGGAGGUCCAUCAGUUCUGGCCCUUAGUCCGCAUCCGCUGCUCCCCAGACCUGCUCUUCUUCCUGUGUUCCAUGUACACCCCUAUCUGUCUGCAGGACUACAAGAAGCCCCUGCCCCCCUGCCGCUCUGUGUGUGAGCGGGCCAAGCGAGGCUGCUCCCCCCUCAUGAUCCAGUAUGGUUUUGAGUGGCCAGAGAGGAUGAGCUGUGAGCAGCUGCCUCAGCUGGGAGACGAGACUCUGUGUAUGGACCAGAACAGUAGCGAAACCACCACCCUCUCCCCUCCCUUCCCCAAACCCACCCCCAAGGGCACCCGCCGCAGGCAGCCCGUCCCCAAGCCCCCCGCCCCCCAGGAGUGUGACCGGGACUGCCGCUGUCGGGACCCUCUGGUGCCCAUCAAGAAAGACGCCCACCCCUUAUACAACCGGGUCCACACUGGCCCUGUGGAUAACUGUGCCCAGCCCUGCCACCACCCUUACUUCUCCCAGGACGAACGCACCUUCACCACCUUCUGGAUCGGCCUGUGGUCCAUCCUGUGCUUCGUCUCCACCCUGACCACUGUGGCCACCUUCCUCAUCGACAUGGAGCGCUUCCAGUACCCUGAGAGACCCAUCAUCUUCUUGGCUGCCUGCUAUCUCUUUGUCUCCCUGGGCUACAUUAUACGACUAGUGGCGGGUCACGAGAGGGUGGCGUGCGCUGGGAGCGGAGACCAGCAGCACAUCCUGUAUGACACCACCGGCCCCGCCCUGUGUACCCUGGUCUUCCUGCUCAUCUACUUCUUCAGCAUGGCCAGCUCCAUCUGGUGGGUGGUGCUCUCCCUCACCUGGUUCCUGGCUGCAGGCAUGAAGUGGGGCAAUGAGGCAAUCGCUGGCUACUCCCAGUACUUCCACUUGGCUGCCUGGCUGAUUCCCAGUGUCAAGUCCAUCGCGGUCCUCGCUCUGAGCUCUGUGGACGGAGACCCGGUAGUGGGGAUCUGCUACGUGGGGAACCAGAGUCUGGAGAGCCUGCGGGGGUUUGUGUUAGCUCCCCUGGUGGUCUACCUCUUCACCGGCUCCCUGUUCCUCCUAGCGGGCUUUGUGUCUCUGUUCCGCAUUCGCAGCAUCAUCAAACAGGGAGGGACCAAGACGGAUAAACUGGAGAAGCUAAUGAUCCGGAUUGGGUUGUUUACAGUGCUUUACACCGUUCCUGCUACUAUAGUAGUAGCCUGCCUGGUGUACGAACAGCACUACAGGCCUGGCUGGGACCGGGCUCUAUCCUGCUCCUGUCAGGCUGAGAGACAGAGGCUGGGCCUGGGGCCUGACUACGCCGUCUUCAUGUUGAAGUACUUCAUGUGUCUGGUGGUGGGCAUCACAUCAGGGGUGUGGAUCUGGUCUGGGAAGACCCUGGAGUCCUGGAGGAGGUUCACUGCUCGCUGCUGCCCCUGUUGGGUCUCCAAGCCCACCGUGCCUCCCUCCAUGUACAUCGAGGCCAGCACGGUCCUCAUGGGACACCCCGGGGCAGCUCUGCCACCAGGGUCCUACCACAAACCUGCCCCGCCCUCACACGUGUGAAUGGGACCCUAGAGGGUAGAGGAGCCCCUAAUGCCAUGUGUUCAGUGAUAGCCCCGUCAUAUGUGAGAACGGGACUCACCUUGACGUUGGACAAGAUGGUGAAUGUGAUAAAGCAGUUCUCUGGAAGCAAAAGGGUCAGAGGACAACCAGGAGAUAACCAAGUCAUUCCACAGGUUGUAAAUACAACAUCAACAAACCUGCCUCACUGACUCUUUUCAUGGAACAUAGAACAGCAACACAUGUGUUUUUAACAGAAAAGAGGGAUAUUGUAGAAAUCACAAUGUGAAUUUCUUUGAAUGAAAUGGGAUGUUGGUAUCAUAUGAGCUCUUUGGUACAACUGGUACUCAUUGCUGCUUUGGCAAAGUACCACUACUUCAACAGACCCACAGGGGUAUUCAACUUGAAUACGUGAAGGCUUGAAGCCUGCUGGUUUUCUGUUCUAUCUGAUAAUUAAUUGCACCCACCUGGUGUCCCAGGUCUAAAUCAGUUCCUGAUUAGAGGGGAACAUUGAAAAAAAUGCAGUGACACUGGCUUCGCGGACCAGAGAUGAGUUUGAGGGCACUAGAACAUUCUCUGGGGGGAAAAAGGGAGUUGUGUUUUCGUCAGACUGUGGAUGGACGUAUAACCUGCACAUCUGUACUCCUGUCCAUCUGGACCAUUAGAUGACUCACUAUUUAUUACUGUAUAUAUGAUGCUCUAUAAAAGACUAUGGAUUUUGCUUACCCAGAAUGCCCCCAUUAUCCAGGAUAUUAUUCAGUGUGGGCACUGGGUCCUUAAUGGGUGAGCACAAAAUUAAGAAAAUAUUUAAUGUGUUUUGUUGCAAUCCCAGUGAUUUGAAUCACUAUUCAGUAUGAAUCUAGUGGAUGUGUUUGUAUGCUGCUCGAGUUCAAUUAAUCCAGUAUGUACCAAUACACACAAUCUUGCCUUAUUCUGCCCGGUAAAAUCCAGCUUGGUUGACUGACUGGUCUGUGAACACCCUAGCCGGUCUUUAUAGUAGUGGGAUGAAGAUCUCUAGCCCAACUGCUGACCAGAUUCUGGACUGGACCUUUGGUGAGGUCAUCUGAAAAUGGAUGUGUAGCCCACUAUUAUAUCAGUAAACAAGGGCCUCUUUUUCUCAACCAGUAUUUUCUGUUAGAAAUCAUUGUCAAAAGUAGCCUCUAUAAAACACUAAUAGCAGUUGUAGGGAGUUUAAUGCUUUGGAAUAGUUUUGAUAUGGACCAUGUUGUUAAGCGGUUUGGAGGGACUACUGUUUGUCAGAUCAGUCUCACAGGCCAGAAGGGAUGGCCAAAGUGCACCUGGCCUCCCUCCGAGUACUUACUAUACCUGUCUGUGCAUUACACCCCCUAGUGGUACACACUGGAACUGUUCACACCAACCCAAUGGUAAAUGUACAGGUUUCGAUCACCUGUAAACUACACUGAACCCUCGGACACGUCACCUACGGCUCUGUAUACAUUUUCAAUGACCGCGUCAGUACUCACAUUGAGUCAGACGUUUACAAAAUGGUCAAAAUAUUUCUGUUCAAUGGUAUCCAGCAGGCAUAGGCCUACACAUCAAACUGUCUUCUCACAAGGGAUAUACUGGCUGUAGGAACUGGUGGACAGCUAGACUAGAACAUGGUUAACUUUGGAUGAACUAAAACCUUGUCCAGUUGCUGUUUUCUGCCUUUCUACUUUGUUGUGCUUCAGAGUUUUUCUAACUAGACUAGUGUGUAAAUGUUCCAGUGUCUAAUUUAUUAGCCUGUUUCCUGACGUUCAGUGUGAGAGUGUUCUACCCCAUCAUUUGUAAGUCUGCUUUGGCGUCCUUCAGUAGUCUGGACUGCAGCUUUGUGUGUACUACAUUCAAUGUGGCAAAUUCAUUGCUGACAUUUUACAAGAAAGAUAUUUUCUAGAUAUUUCUGAAGAUGCAGCUCUCCCCUACUUUCAUUUAGCUCUCACUGCUAGAGAAUUAAACUGUGGACCAAUC